UUUGUUGAGCCAUGAGCACAGAAGUGUUGGUAGCUUGAUCACUGCCUGUCUCGUAAUAUACUUAUUUGCAGAGUUUGACGAUGCAGCUAAUUUGCUUGCAGCAAAUCCUGAUGCCACCACAAUAAGCAUCGAUGAGCCUGUGGAAAUCUCCAAGAAUCAGCACGGCCGCCUGCAGGAGCCCAGGAGAGAAGAGGAUGAUGAAUUACUGGGGACCGAUGACUCCGAUAAAACAGAGCUGCUUGCAGGACAGAAGAAAAGUGCCCCUUUCUGGACAUUUGAGUACUACCAGACGUUCUUCGAUGUGGACACGUACCAGGUCCUGGACAGAAUCAAGGGUUCAGUUUUCCCAGUACCAGGGAAGAACUUUGUAAGGCUGUAUAUCCGCAGCAAUCCCGACCUUUAUGGUCCCUUUUGGAUAUGUGCCACACUCGUCUUUACUAUUGCUGUCAGUGGCAAUCUCUCAAACUUCUUCAUCCAUCUGGGCAAACCAACGUACCACUACGUGCCCCAGUUCAGAAAAGUGUCCAUAGCAGCAACAGCAAUUUAUGCAUAUGCCUGGCUUGUUCCCCUUGCUCUCUGGGGAUUCCUGAUGUGGAGGAACAGUAAAGUCAUGAACAUUGUCUCCUACUCGUUCCUGGAGAUAGUGUGUGUGUAUGGCUACUCCCUCUUCGUUUAUAUUCCUACAGCGAUUUUAUGGAUCAUUCCACAAAAAGUGGUGCGCUGGGUGCUGAUGAUAUUCUCCCUGUGCCUUUCGGGCUCUGUUUUAGUGAUGACUUUCUGGCCUGCUGUCCGAGAUGACAACCGCAGGAUUGCGCUGGCGACCGUGGGGACCGUUGUUCUGCUUCAUGCCCUGCUGGCUGUCGGCUGUUUGGCAUAUUUUUUUGAUGCCCCCGAACUGGAUUUUCCUGCACCUGUCAUCCCUGCUCACAAUGGAACAACAGUAAUAACAAAGAGUCUGUAAAUAAG